CGCGUCUAGAGGUUCUGUACACAAAUAUCACGGGCUGCUUAAAUUUUUAUCACGAGAUGUAACCAUUCUCUCACAUCGGACCUAGUUAACAUUUUCUCCAGAUAUUGCCCUGAUAGUCUGUAUUAACAGCUCACUAAUCUUGAUGCCGUUUGCUGUGCCAGUCUGACUGAUUGAGAAAGAGAGCACAGUCAGAAUGAGUGGCAUGGCGCUCGCGCUGGAGGUGGUGGUGGUAUUCUUUCUCGCGCUCUUCCUCCUGCAUCGUUAUGGAGAUUUCCGCAAACAGCAGCGGAUGGUGCUGUUCGCCACCCUCCUCGCUUGGUUCCUGUGCUUCCUCAUCGUCUUCAUCCUUCCGCUGGACGUCAGCACGACCAUAUAUAACCAGUGUAAGAUUGAUAAUCAGGUCCACCUGGUGACAAGCAACACUUUUAACCUUGAUAAUUCUUCCAACUCCUCUGUAUUUCCAACACAAAGGGUAUUGAAGACUUGUCAUAAGCCUUGGAGUUACAUCCCAGAUGGAAUUCUGCCCGUGUUCUGGAGGGUGGUGUACUGGACAUCACAGUUUCUAACAUGGCUCUUGAUUCCCUUCAUGCAGUCGUAUGCACGAUCAGGAGGUUUCUCUAUCUCAGGGAAGAUAAAAACAGCCCUGAUAGAAAACGCCAUUUAUUAUGGCACAUACCUGCUUAUCUUCUGCUCUCUGCUCAUCUACGUGGCGGUCAGUCCACAGUGGCACCUCUCCUGGUAUGACUUGCGAACAAUUGGCAUAACAGCAGCCAAUACCUGGGGGCUGUUUUUGCUGGUGCUGUUGCUAGGAUACGGCCUAGUGGAAAUCCCACGUUCUUAUUGGAGGGCAUCAUGCCACGGGCAACUGCUGGCAAAGACGUAUUUUAAAGCAGCAAAACUGAUGACGGAGAAAGCAGACGCCGAGGAAAACCUGGAGGAUGUCAUGGAGGAUGUCAGAACAGUAAAUGAGACUAUCAAAUACAACCAUCCUCUGAGGAAAUGCAUUGACACGAUUCUGAGAAAGUGUCCUGUAGAGUACCAGGAAAGGUUGGGCAGGAACAUGGACGAUUAUGAGGACUUUGAUGACAAGGGAAACCCUUAUCCUAGUAAAAACAGUUUAGUCAAACUGCAUAAAAGGGUGAUCUAUGCCGUCCAGAGGCAUAACCGCACACAUGUGCAGUGGCAGAUUCUGUUGGACGAGGCGUUUCACUUAGAGGAUGUGGCCAAAAAUGAGACGAGCUCCACCCACCAGUUCAUUCACAGCUUCCCCACUGCCGAACCACCUGGAUGGAUCAGCAAGUACCUGUACACUCCCGUUGUGGAGUGGUAUUGGGAGUGUGUGUUCCGGCGCUGGUGUUAUCGUGUGCUGGCUGUGGUUUUGUGUCUCUUCUCUGCAGCAGUGGUCUGGUCUGAGUGCACUUUCUUCAGCACACAGCCCAUUCUGUCUCUCUUCGCUGUCUUUAUCCAGCUCGCAGAGAGAGACUACAACUAUGUUUAUAUAGAGAUGGCGUGCUUUGUCACCAUAUUCUUCCUGUGUUACUGCGUCUACUCCACUGUGUUCCGAAUCAGAGUCUUUAACUAUUACUACCUGGCUCCUCACCAUCAGACGGACGCCUACAGUCUUCAGUUCAGCGGCAUGUUAUUUUGUCGUUUGACGCCUCCGCUGUGUCUGAAUUUUCUGGGAGUGAUUCACAUGGAUUCCGCCAUCUCACACCAGCAGAGACAGCAGACAGCGUACACAUCAAUAAUGGGAUCCAUGCAGGUCCUGUCUUUCAUUGCUAAUGGAUUUUAUAUCUACUACCCCAUGCUCAUUGUUUUGCUCUGCAUUGCAACUUACUUCAGUUUGGGUACACGCUGUCUGAAUUUGCUGGGCUUUCAGCAGUUUAUGGGGGAUAAUUAUCUGACCUCUGACCUCGUGGACGAGGGGAGAGAACUCAUUUGCAGAGAGAGGAGGAAACGGCAGAGAACAGAAGAUGGAGAAAGCAGACGAAGAGAUUGGAGGGAGCGCUAUACUGACCAAAGGGAGAGAUACGGAGGCAGGAAUAGAAGUGCAUACUCAGAGCUGAAGGAGGCAGAUAGUUCCAGCACAGAUACUGUCAAAGCUCCGUCUCGAAGAGAUCGUAGCGACAAGGCUGAGUUACUAAAGGAUGUUGAACCACUGGACUUCAAUGCAGAUGAACCACUGGAGACAGACAAUAGGAGGUACGCUGGAGGGCAUUAUCUCUCUACCUCUGCAUCUCGUGCCCACAUCUUUGAUGAUGUAUGAAAACAAAGAAAACAAGGAAGUGAAACUGUUUGCACUUUUGAACUAUAUACUUCGUAUUGAACUAUAUACUUCGGUAUUAUGCUUUAAAUGUGGACAUUCUUGUGUCCCCAUAAUUCAAAUCGCUUAAAAAAAAAAAAUACUAAACUGUUUUUUGAAAAUGAAAAAAUGCUGAAAGUUUAUUGUGAGGGUUAGGCUUAGGGGUAGGGUCAUGAUUAUGGGAUGGAAUCUAUAGUUUGUGCAGUGCUUGUCUAUGGAGAGUCCUCAUAAGUUAGCCGCACCAACGUGUGCGUUUGUUAGUUCACCCCAAAAAUAUUCUUGGAAUAAUUUUGUUGUGAACCCAUAUAACUUUAUUUCUUCCAUUGAACACAAAAAGAGAUGUUAGGUGGGAUAUUUACGCUGCUCAUUUCCAUACAACAAAAGUCAAGCUCUCAAAUCACAUUCAAGUUCACAAAUGGCGCCAGGCUUGGACGUUUGUUCUCACAUGUCUCCUGACAGAUCUUGUCACGGCAGGAGAUUUAAGAACUGCGACAGAGGGGAAAUUGUCCAUGACUAACGACUGACAUUUCUGUUUGUUUGUCAUACAAAGCUAUCAUAUGGCUCAGUAUCAGAAAAUUUUGCAUAGAGUAUUAUAAAAAAAAAUACAACUUUUAUGACCCCGUUUACACCUGGUAUUAUAAUGCGUCUAAGGUGAUCCGAUCACAGGUGAGACACAUGGCUGGUUACACCUGGUCACUUAAAUGCGUCUUCUGUGACCACUUGUGUUCGGAUUUGGAGGGGAUGGUCUCCGUUUCAUCAUUCAAUCAUUAUAUCAGUGUUACUGCAUGAUAUUAAAGUGCAACAAAGUCAGAAAAGACAAAGAAAGCGCGAAAAUCCGGUGUGCUGGUUCUCCCAGAUGCGGUUGAAAUUUAAUCUAAGCACAGAUGUCAAGCAGAAUUAUCCGUUGUUUUAGUGGUUACCUGUAUUAAAGGAGCUUCGGGUGUUUGUGCUUCUCAUCUGUGUUGACACUAAAAAAGAUCUGUGAAGUUCUUGUGCUUGUGUAUGUAUCUGUUUUUUGUUUUGUUUUUCCUCGAUCGGACGGUUAUUUCCUUUUUAAAGCCGUUGAUUGACAGGUGAGGGGUGGGACUUGACUGCUGCCUGAACGCAUAAAGGCCGCAUUAGCGUUUACACCUCAAAUGUGAUGUAGUCACAUUUAGACGUGUAUUUAGCCCUGACCACAUGUGAUCGGCUCACCCAAAACGCAUCUUAAUACCAGAUGGAAACGGGGUAUCAUUUCUGAACAAUUUAAUGUGAACUGUGUCUCGUUCAUUUUUGGCACAAGCCAAUAUCAUACCCUGGAAUGGCUUCAAUUAACUUGAAACGUAGAGCACAAGUCAUAUGGACUGCUUUUGAAACCUGACAGCCUGAUGUCACUAAAUGCUUUCAUUGUAUUAAAAAGUGCAGCAUGAACAUUCUUUAAAAUUUCUCCUUUUAAGUUCCACUGAAGAAAGAAAUUCACAUACGUUUGGAGUGAUAUGAGGGUGAGUAAAUGAUGACAGAAAUGUAAAAGUGAUUAUUAUUACAGGUUGUACUUGUGGCUGAAAAGGGAAAUAAAUAAGGGAUGCGUUCUUUUGGAAUUCGUUUUUGAAAGUUAAAGAUUAUAUUUAGAAAAUGUAAUAGAAUGUAAAGGCCUAAAUUAAAAAGGGAAAAUUGUCAGGAUAUGGGUCAACCAGAUUCAUGAGGGUUCAACAGUGCCUGUACUGCUUUUCAUACUCUGACCUGUGUGCCCUGCUUUGACCUCUGACUUUUCAACCUCAGGAUGAUAACUUCUUUGACCAGUAAAUCACAACAGAAAAGUCUCUCCAUUUUUCUUACUAGUAUUUUAUUUAAUUGUUCAGUGUUUAAAAAGACGAUUCACCCCAAAAUGAAAAAUAUGUAAUCAUUCACUCACCCUUGUGUAAUUUUAAACCUGUAUAACUCUUCCAUGUUACACAAAGGGAGAUGUUUGGCAGAACAUUUAGUCAGUCACCAUUCACUUUCAUUGUAUGGAAUAAAAAGAACCAUAAAAGUGAAUGGUGACUGAGACUAUUAAUCCAUAACAUUCUGCCUAACUUUUGUGUUCCAUGGAACAAAGUCGUACAGGUUUGUACCGACAUGAGUGUGAGUAAAUGAUGACAGAAUUUUACUUUUGGCUGAACUCCCUUCAAUAGAUCAGAUUCUAAAGUUACCAAGGAAAAUCUAAACACAAAAUGUCUCAUCUUGGUUUAACUAUUCAGCUCUUAUUUGUACUGUAAACAUGGUCUCUUAUUUGAUGAUCAAACGAUGCAAAAUGUCUGAAUGAAUAUAAAAAUUAUUACUGUUUUACUGUUCAUGUAUUUUCUAUUUAUUAAAAUGUCUUUCCAUGUCUGUUUCCCUGAAUUGAUAUAAAAUCAUUUCUCACUGCUACUGAAGGAUGUUGAAGGAUGAUUUGUGCAUUAUUGGGGGUGACACACACAUUUUUUGUUUGGGUUUUCUGUAA